GCCGCCGCCCUGGCCGUCGCCUCGCUGGCCCUGUGGAGCUGGCCUCGGGGGUCCCACAACCUCCAAGGCAAAGUUGUGCUGCUGACGGGCGCGGGGGGAGGCCUGGGCCGCCUGCUGGCACUGCACCUAGCACGUCGGGGGUGCGUGCUGGCCUGCGCCGACGUCGCGGCCGAGCCCAACGAGGAGACCGUCGCCCUCGUGCACCAGCAGCAGCAGCACAAGCAAGCCGCCAGGGCGUACACCGCGGACCUCACGGAGAGGGCGGACAUCUACGGCCUCGUCCAGAAAGUCCUCGAGGACUUCGGACACAUCGACAUCCUGCUCAGCAACGCGGGGGUGAUCCAGGGCGGCGCGCUGUGGGAGUUGAGCGACGCCCAGCUGGACCUGGUGCUGGACGUCAACCUGCGCGCCACCAUGCUGCUCGUCAAGGCCGUGCUGCCGCACAUGAGGGCGCGCGCCGAGGGCCACGUGGUGGCCGUCAGCUCCUCCACGGCCCUGGUGCCGGGCCGCGGCAUCGUCGCGUACGCCGCCAGCAAGGCGGGGCUCAGCCGUGCUGCAAUGUAG